AUGUCCUUUCAACAUUUAGAGCGGAUCAUCCUCCAAUACUAUGAUGGCGACUAUUUUACCGUCAUUCCGCGACCAUUGAUACUGGACCCAAUCUUAGCGCUUCUUCGAGAACUUCGAGAAAGAGCGGAUGGUGAAAACUUUCUGGAAGCCUUGCACGUAAAUGCCGAGCAGAAUUUGCACAGAAAAUUUCCCAGUAUAACUGUUCAGACGAGCGUGGAUGACUUUCUCGGAUAUUUCACGGGGCACAACUUCAGGAUGGAGUUUGUUGGUCUUAUCUUUGCUCUCGCAGGAGUCGCUUCCUCCUACGUGGAAGUCGAAGAUGCAUUCGCACAGCAAGAUUUCGCUGCGGACAUGUACGCAGCUAGUAAGCUUUGCACUGAUAUGUGUGGGGAGAAUAAUCAAGUCAAUGAUCUUACUGUCUGGUUGCGAUAUAUGAAUGCUGUUUUAUCAUCAAAUCUCUCUGGGGAUGCAAGCGCCAUGUUGUAUCACCGAUUUAAUGAGUUUGCCGCGGAACUUUUUAUUAUGGGUUUUCAUAAACUUAUAUCAACCUCACCUGACAUCCCUUUCUUCAUCCUGGAAACUCGCAAAAGAAUCUUUUCUGCGGCGGUAACUCGCGAUGCGAGUCUUGCUACUUUCCUAGGGAGACCACCACGGAUAGAUUGCAAUUUUUGCGACUUCGUGAUUCCGCUCGACCUAGACGAUGACGAGGUGGAGCCCGCCGUUCGGGCCAUAGGCAUCCUUUGCCGAUGCGCCAAUUCCAAUGAUAUUCUCGAUUUUCGCCAAAAUUAUGGGGCUCAUAUGAAGAAGACUCUUGAUCAGCAGGUCAUUGUGGCCAUCCAGGCGAAAUCCUCCCAGGGAGACUUUGGGAAGACGAGUUGA